GCAAAUGAGAAAGCAAAUCUCUUGAAACAUAAACAGUGGUACUUCCCUGGAGGGAGGAGAUGGGGAUUCUCCUGUUGCUCUGAGUGUUGCCAGGUGCCAGAAGUGGUCCCCAGUGGUGGUGGACAAUUAUUCUAAGUGACGGCCCUUGCGCGCGCUUCUGAGUGGUUAUCAUGGGCUUCAUUGCCUUUCUGAAGACCCAGUUCAUAGUUCACCUCCUCAUUGGGUUCGUCUUUGUUGUGAGUGGACUGAUCAUUAACUUCAUUCAACUAUGCACGCUAGUCCUCUGGCCCAUAAACAAGCAGUUUUAUCGCCGAGUAAACUGUCGCCUUGCCUACUCGCUAUGGAGCCAGUUGGUAAUGCUGCUGGAAUGGUGGUCAGGCACAGAGUGCACCUUGUUCUCAGACGAGGCCACGGUGAACACCUUUGGGAAAGAACAUGUCAUCAUCAUCUUGAAUCACAACUUUGAAAUCGACUUCUUGUGCGGCUGGACUAUGACAGAGCGCUUCGGAGUGCUAGGGAGUUCCAAAGUUCUUGCUAAGAGAGAGCUACUAUAUGUGCCCCUAAUUGGCUGGACGUGGUACUUCCUCGAGAUUGUUUUCUGCAAAAGGAAAUGGGAAGAGGAUAGGGAUACGGUUAUUGAAGGAUUAAAACGUUUGGCUGAUUAUCCUGAAUAUAUGUGGUUUCUCCUGUACUGUGAAGGAACUCGUUUUACAGAGACCAAGCAUCGUAUCAGUAUGGAGGUGGCUGAAUCCAAGGGGUUGCCUAAACUGAAAUACCACCUGUUGCCCAGAACCAAAGGUUUCACCACUGCUGUCCAGUGUCUCAGGGGAACAGUUUCAGCAGUGUAUGAUGUAACACUAAAUUUCAGAGGAAACAAGAACCCGUCUUUAUUAGGAAUUCUUUAUGGAAAGAAAUAUGAAGCAGAUAUGUGUGUAAGGAGAUUUCCUCUGGAAGAUAUCCCUCAAGAUGAAAAGGAAGCUGCAAACUGGCUUCAUAAGCUUUACCAGGAAAAGGAUGCUUUGCAAGAGAUGUAUAAUCAGGAAGGUGUAUUUCCUGGCCAGCAGUUUAAACCUCCUAGGAGACCAUGGACUCUCCUAAACUUUCUUUUUUGGGCCACAGUUCUCCUCUCUCCUCUAUUCACAUUUGGCUUUGGAGUUUUUGCAAGUGGAUCACCUCUCCUUAUCCUUGCAUUCCUGGGACUUGUUGGAGCAGCUUCCUUUGGAGUUCGUAGACUGAUAGGAGUAACUGAAAUAGAAAAAGGCUCCAGCUAUGGUAACCAAGAAUUCAAGAAAAAGGAAUAACUGACAGCUGCAGUUCAGCACAUAUAACCAGACUAUGGUAUCCGAUUAACUUCAGUUAAAAAACAACAACAAACACUUAGAAACUAUCUUUUUCUUAAUAACUGAUGACUAAUAUUAAUGAAUAAAACUUGAGCCAAGAAUGAAGAAGUUGGAUGAAAAGAACACAUCAACCUUCUGCCUGUUUAAGGAUUACUGUAGUCAAACUAUGAGAGAACAUCUGGGGUGGGGUGGAAGAAGAAACUAAUUUUUCUUGAUUUGUUGCGGGACUUGGGGGUGGGGGAGAAAAGAGGGCAUUGGCCAUGGCCACAUGCAUCUUCAGAUGACUGGAUACACUGGUUUCUGUCAAGAGCACUACACUCUCUUUUAUAACGGGAGCCAUUGAAUGUUUCCUCUUGCUAAAGCCAACGUAAUAUUUGUUGAUUUCCAACUUUUUUUUAUUAAUGAGCCAGGAAAAAACAACCCUUCUUAAAUUAGUUGACAAAUGUUCAUUGGGUUGGAGUAAUUUUUGGAAAGGCUGUGUUGUCAUGGCUGCAGAUGAAAUCCUAUUUGUAUGUUACACUGAUACUUUUUAUUUUCAGGCAACGUCUUAAAACUUCUGUAAUGUGAGAGAACGGAUAGAGGAGUUUGGAAGCAGUGCGUUAUUGAUCAGCACAUCCCAUAGAACAGAUCCACUAGUAU